AUGGCUGCGCAAGCGCUAUGGGCUAUCAUGCUCGAUAUGAUCGAGCGUGUUGUGGGACCGUAUCGUGAAGCUAGCGCCACCCCACGCAAGAACUCGCGGCUGCGAGGCUCCUCCGACCUGCUUGGCAUCACCGCCAGCAGCCGCAGGGCGCCGCUACCCCCACCCCCCUUUGUCCCAGACCGGCGUCAAGAGGGUCAACGCCCGUUGUACCUCGACAACUCGUCUGAUGCCAACAGCCAUGGCUGUCGCAUUCUGGCUCUGGACGGCCUUGGAGCCAACGUCAUCUUUCACAUCUCCCUCCUCUGCCGUCUACUUGCGCAGGAACCCGAGUUUGACGAACAGCCCGAUGUCUAUGUCGGUUCCUCGCUCGGCGCCGUCACCGCGCUCAUGCUGGCCUACGGCUACUCGAGCCGGCAGGUGGCGCAGCUCUACGAACACGAGAUGGAGCAACAUCUCAGCUGGCUUCCGACCGGCUUCAACUGGCGUAUUGUGGCCCCAUUCUGGAACUCACACAGCGACCAUGCCAAGGAGGCCUUUUUGCGUCGCUGCUUUGGUCAAGCCACGCUGCGCGACUGUCAGCAUUGGGUGGCCGUGGCCGCCUUUGAUCUCGCGGGCAGCCCGGAUGAGCAGGAAUUGCCUUCCCCACAACCAACGCGUCAUUGGCAACCUACAAUCCUGACCAACCUGCCCCGCGGGCGGGGUGCACACGAACCCGACCUCGACUUGCCACUUGUUGAAGUUGCCAUGCGCGCCACCGCCACCCCAACCUACUAUGCCAUCCAUAACAACCACAUUGACGGAACUGUGUUCGCGGCCAACCCCUCCCUGUCGGGCAUGGCGCGGGUUUUGGCUGCGUUCCCUGCCCUGAGUGUGCGAGAUGUUUCCGUUCUUUCGCUCGGUGGUGCCGUCUCGCGGCAAUAUGCUUUUUCCGCCAACCUGGACUGGGGCGUCUGGCAAUGGCUUCCUUGGAUCCUCAAGCUGCUAAACAAUGCUACCGCGGACGCUUGCAAUAACAACAUGCAACAGGUCCUGCAAGACCGUUAUCUGCGACUACAGCCCCCUGCUAUCCCCAAUCUACGUUACGACCACGCCGAUAGGUAUGUGUGCCCAUCUUUCGUCGAGAAGCAGCAGACACGCCCCUUGCACCCCUGCGAGCCUGGCUUGGCCGAUAUUGGCGCCCUUCGAAGACCCAAGCCUCGGUCAGCUCUUCAACAACGCCAACCCGAGAUCCUUGCCCUGUGA